AUGUCGAACGUUGAGGUGGGGGCGGUGGCAGCAGCGGCGGCUGGCGGGGUGCCGGUGAUAGCGCAAGCCGAGGCGGAGGCCGUGGCUGUGGAGGCUGCCGACGAGGCCCUACUCGAAGAAGAGGAGGCGGCCAACAGUAAGAGAGUGGGGGAGGACGAAGCCGGCGUGGCGCGUACGAUGCGGCGGUGGACUGCCAGCGGCUGCGGCGAGGUGCACUGGGAGCGCAGCUGCGGGGCGCACUUCCUCCGCUCUUUCGCUCGCAACUUCGCGGUCGGGUCGGGCGUGAAGACGCUGCUCAACCUGGUCGGGUUCCUCCUGCGCAAGCGCCGGAAGGGCAAGGGCGUGCCCAAGCGCCUGGUGCCCAAGCUCGUCAAGCUGGUCGACCUCCGCUGGGGCUUCUUCCUGGGCUCGCUGGCCGCCGUGUGGAAGGCCGUGUCGUGCCUCUCGCGGCGGGCCAUCAUCGCCCACGCCGGUGCCGACCCGUGCGACCUGGCCCAGGUGCGCGCCCUCCAGCCCCGCUUCGCCGCGGCCGACCUCGUGGCCGGGGCGGCGACGGGCCUCUCGCUCAUCUGCGUCCGGCCGGAGGACCGCCGCACGCUGGCCAUCUACUCGCUGGUGCGCAGCAUGGAGUUCUUCUUUGCCUUCCUCGGCCGCCAGCAAAUCCUCCCCGCGUGGCUCCUUCGCUUCUCCUCCCACCUCGACGUCCUCCUCAUGUGCGCCACUGCGGGCCAAGUGCUGUACUGCUACGCGUUCGAGCAGGACACUCUUGCGCCCUCGUACCGCAACUUCCUCAAUGUGCACGGUGGCAAGGACCCGCGUGUCCGAGGCUUCAUCAAGCACACCCACUUUGGUCUGCCGCUCGAGCUCGAUCACCUCAAGUCCUUCUCCAGGGAGCGCAAGAUCGACCCCGAGGUUGCGCGCCAGAACCUGUUGAACUUCAACAUCUGUACGGUUCUGCACCCGCACGAAACCUGCGUGCAACACUUCUUCACGUUCGCGUGGGCCGGCUUCAGCGCGCUCUGCCGCUCUACGCGCCGCUGCACAUCGUCACCACGCUGGUCGGUCCUGCUGGCCAAGCUCACCUCCAAGGUCAAGGAGAGC